AUGUCGACGAGCCAGAUAUCCAUCGCCGCAGAGGACACGACUGAAUAUAGCGAGGCCUAUGCGGUCACCCAUGAAUGGCUUAUCGCACAGGGUGCAGUUGGCCUUCAUCCAGUCGGUAGCCGGCUAGUCAGUCUGGAAGCCAAUCUCACCACCGGGGAGGUGGUCAAUGCCCGACCGGAGGAACGAUAA